AUGGCAUCCGAAAAGUCAGCAGAGACACUCCCCGUCUGGGACGAUGCCUCCUCCACUGGAGAGUCGGCACUACUCGUGCCCGUCGACAUCAAGCGUCUCUUGCUGGAAGCCGUGAAGGAAGAUGGUCUAUCGCGGACAGUGUUGGAUCGACCGACUCGCGGACCGUCGGUCCUUCUAGUCUGUCCAACAACAAAAUCGGAACGAUCGCUGACCUUCGACCGCGCUGUCGAGUACCUCACCGAGGCCUUUGACAACGGAGAGAAUGCGUUCGUCGACUGCACGUUCGAAUAUAUCCCCGAGACCGCAGAAAGGCGGGUGUAUCUCGCUGUCCUGGCUCCUUGCACCGCACCCGAUAUCCUCCAUGGCAACGCGAUCCGCAAACUCGUUCGACAGUUGGCCAAGUUUUCCGCGGUCCAUAAGAAAUGGACCUACGCACUUCUCGCGCUCGUGGCAGCCCUGCUCCUCACCGCAGCGACACUCUUCUACUCGACUCGCCCGGACACCAGGCUCAUCCAAUACAACGUCGGCGACAGCAUCGGACCCAAAUACACGGCGCUGCUGACGCCCGAGAACGUCACCGAGUGGGUCGAGAAGCACUACGACCCCGAGAAAUGGUUCAUCCGCAUCGACGACCAGGCCCUGGUCCCCAUCGAGCUGAUGGACGAGCAGGAGUGGCGGUACCAGGAGUACCUCGCCAAGCGCUACCCGGAGAAAGCGGAGCUGCGCGACUCGGGCAUGUGGUACAACCUGGACUUCCUGAGCGAUCCGAACAACUACAUGCUGCCCACGGACAAGGAGUUCCAUCGUGGCCAUUGCAUCCGUGCGCUGCGCCGGUAUUGGCAGGCCAAGGAAACCGGGCGGCAUGUGUGUCCGUGGGACAUUGACUAUCUGCAUAUGAGGCAUUGUUUUUCCAUGCUGGAGGAGCUCAUGUUUCCGCCGGGGCCGAGAGCAGUGAACCAGAGCGAUGUGCCGUUGAGUUUGUCGUGGAGGACCAAGUCUGUCUCAAUUCUAUAUGUCUAG